AUGGCUACUUCCUUCAUGCAGAGCUCUUCUUCUACCUAUGGUGGUGGCUUUGGAGGUGGUGGAAGCAGCAGCUCUCGCCUUUCCUCGGUCCGAACCGUAGGAACCUGCCGAGCUCCGAGCAUCCAUGGAGGAUCUGGUGGCCGGGGUGUCUCCAUCUCUUCAGCUAGAUAUGUCUCCUCUGUAGGAGGUGGAUACGGUGGUGGCUUGUGCUCUGGUUUUGGUAGUGGUUAUGGAGGAGGCUACAGCAGCUUUGGUGGUGGUGCAGCCUGUGGCUUUGGUGGAGGAGCUGGCUUUGGUGGAGGGGCUGGCUUUGGUGGAGCUUUUGAUGUUGGUAGUGGCUUUGGUGGUGGUGAUGGCCUUCUCUCUGGCAACGAAAAGAUAACUAUGCAGAAUCUGAAUGACCGUCUGGCUUCGUACCUGGACAAGGUACGAGCACUGGAAGAGGCAAAUUCAGAUUUAGAAGUGAAGAUCCGAGACUGGUAUCAGAAGCAAGCGCCCACCAGCCCAGCCCGGGACUACAGUAAUUAUUACAAGAUCAUUGAAGAUCUCCGAGACAAGAUCCUUGCAGCUACUAUUGACAAUUCCAGAGUCAUCCUGGAGAUCGACAAUGCCAGGCUGGCUGCAGAUGACUUCAGACUGAAAUAUGAGAAUGAGUUGUUCCUGCGCCAGAGCGUGGAGUCCGACAUCAACGGCCUGCGCAGAGUCCUGGAUGAGCUGACCCUGUCCUGAGCUGACCUGGAGAUGCAGAUUGAAACACUCAAGGAGGAGCUGGCCUACCUCAAGAAGAACCAUGAGGAGGAAAUGAAAGAGUAUUCAAAUCAGCUAACUGGAACAGUCAACGUGGAGAUGGAUGCGGCUCCUGGCAUCGACCUGACCAAAAUUCUCUCUGAGAUGAGGGAACAGUACGAAGCUCUGGCUGAGAAGAACCGUAAAGAUGCCGAGGCCUGGUUCUUCACUCAGACGGAUGAGCUGAACCGUGAAGUAGCCACCCACACACAGCAGAUACAGACCAGCAAGUCAGAGAUCACAGAACUGAGACGCACGGUCCAGGGCCUGGAGAUUGAGCUCCAGUCGCAGCUCAGCAUGAAAGCUGGGCUGGAAGCCAACCUGCGAGAUACAGAAGGACGGUACUGCGCCCAGCUGGCACAGAUCCAGGCCCUCAUCACCAGCGUCGAGGAGCAACUGAGUGAACUUCGCUGCGACAUGGAGCGUCAGAACCAGGAGUACCGAAUGCUCAUGGACAUCAAAAGUCGCCUGGAGCAGGAAAUCGCCACGUACCGCAAGUUGCUGGAGGGCCAGGACGCUCAGUUGGCGGGAGUGAUCCCUAAGGAUGCAUCUCUGAGCACUGGAAGAGUUCACGUGACCCUGGAAGAAGAAGGAAAAUCUGCUUCUACUCGUGAAAGAAGAUUCUAG